AGAACCGUUACAUACAGGGUCUCGCGAAGUCGCUCACGUUUGCCAGGCUGGGCUCGAACUGGCGACCGUCCUGCCUCAGCCUCCCAGAGGGCUAGGGACCACAAGCGUGCGCCCCACGCGCAGCUUGCUCUGCAGUGGAAACCGAUUUGCCUCGUGCCCCGAAGCUCUUCCUCGCCCCUGCCCCGGUGACGUCCUGGUGGCGAAGGGCUUCUGGGUGCCCCUCCCGCUGGCUCCCUCAGGCCCACGUCCCCACACGACGUGCAGCUCCUUUGCAGCCCCGAGUCGCCUGUGACCCUGCGGGCGCCAUUGUCAGCAGAGCGAGGCGUGCCCUACACCGAGCACUGGGCACUGCCUGUCCCUUACCCCCACACGCUCGCCCGCCGCUGUGUCCAGCCGGAAGGGGGGCAAGCGCGGGUGUCACUGCCACAGGGCUUGCCUGGCACCAAGGAGCCCCACAGCCCCACUAGCUCUGCCAGGGCGCCACGGGAGUGGGCAGCUCCUGUGGCCCAGGUUCAAGUCCCCCAACAGUCGGCUGUGCCCGGCCACAGGGACUACGUACUGGCAGAAGCCUGUCGCCCACGAGGACAUGGAGCUGGACCAGCUGGACCUGAACCCCAGGAUCCUGGCAGCUGUGAGGAGAGCCAGGCUGAAGUCCAUGAAGGAGGUCCUGCGCUUCUCGGGACCUGACCUGCAGAGAUGCACCGGCCUGUCUAGCUCCGAUGUCCGCUGCCUGUUGACAGCAGCUGCCAAGCACCUUCGGGGCCACUGCACACUCACAGCGCUGCAACUGUACCAGCAGAGGCCCUGGCCCCAUCCACACUCACUCAUCCCGCUGCUGGACCGGCUCCUGGGCGGCGGGCUGCCCCUGAACGGCAUCACGGAGCUGGCAGGCCGCAGCUCAGCAGGGAAGACCCAGCUGGCACUGCAGCUCUGCCUGGCUGUGCAGUUCCCGCGGCAGCACGGGGGCCUGGAGGCUGGGGCUGUCUACAUCUGCACAGAAGCUGCCUUCCCCAGCAAGCGGUUGUGCCAGCUCAUUUCCCAGCAGUCUCGGCUGCGUGUGGAUGUCCCCGGCGAGGUGGUCCAGAGCAUCAGGUUUGGGGACCGGAUCUUCAUCGAGCACACUGCUGAUGUUGACGCUUUGCUGCAGUGUGUGAGCCAGAAGGUCCCCGUGCUGCUGUCCCAGGGCCUGGCGCGCCUGCUGGUUGUGGACUCGGUGGCUGCCCCGUUCCGCUGUGAGUUUGAUGGCCAGGCCUCGGUGGCCCGCGCCAGGUGCUUACAGUCCCUGGGGGCCACACUGCGCUGGCUGAGCAGCACCUUCCAGAUCCCCGUGCUCUGUGUCAACCAGGUGACAGAGGCUGUGGAGCAGCUGGGCAUGCCCUUCUGUCCCAGGUCCCAGGAUGAGCGCCUGUGCCCAGCCCUGGGCAUCACCUGGGCCAACCAGCUCCUCAUGAGGCUUAUGGCCGACCGCGUCCGUGAGGAGGAGGCCAUGCUGGGCCCAUCCAGCUGCCCAACCCGGACUCUGCGGGUGGUCUUUGCACCCCACCUGCCCCCCUGCUCCUGCUCCUACAUAGUCAGCGAGGAAGGGGUACGGGGGACACUGGAGACCUCAGCCUGCUAACAUGGGGUGGCUGUACAAAGCCCACUUUGACCAAGCAAGAACAGGGUCACUAGGGUCUCCCGGAACAACAGCCCCACACACUCUAGGGAGAGGGCGGUGUGGUGGGGGUGCACUCUCCUGGGUCUCGCCCACAAGCUUGUCAGCCCUUUGAAGGACAGACAGUUCACAAGGGCUGGCGGCUUCUGGGUUUUCCACAGUGCCGCCCUGUCCUCUGCGGUCUCCACAACUGCCCGCCAGGACAUGAGGAGCAGCCCUCCCAGCCUACCACACCUCCCAGAAA